UGAUAAGGCCGUGUGACUUGGUGUGAAGAUAAACUCGGUCGAUAGGUAGCUUGCCAUCCGCCUGACCCCCUUUUAACUAUUGGUUGUAUAUCUACGAGCUCGACAGCUCUCCCUCACCUGCUCCUCUUACCCUUUCGCCAUUCUGCUCGCCUCUUUGAUUUCAAUUGAGACAUCAGCAUGGCGAGCCUCCUCCUCUCCGCCAUCAUGCCGACGGCGUCGCCACCGUCGUCCCCGGCCGUGGGGGAGGCCUUAUCUGGGGUGUUCGGAAGCAUAAGCCUGACGGCGUGGAUAUGCCUUCUGCUUCCGCAACUCAUAACGAACUUCAAGGCUCAGAGCGCAGACGGAUUGUCCAUGGCCUUCUUGUUCGUAUGGCUAUUCGGUGACAUCGCAAAUCUCUCUGGCGCCCUUUUCACCAACCUCGCCCCAACAGCCAUUGCCCUUGCCGUCUAUUUCUGCAUAGCGGACUUGGUGCUAAUCGCCCAAUGCACAUACUAUAACACCCUCAACGCCCGGCGGCGGCAGCGGCAAGCGCAGCAGCACACAAACUCGCACGGCGGGGCCCACAAGCAGUCCUCGUCAACAGCUCCGGAAGGGAUCGCGGUGGCCGACGAGGAAUCGCCCCUCCUCCCUUCGUCGUCGCGGCGACAGAGCGCUGUCAGCGACAGCGCCGGGAAUUCCGAGCCACCCCACCACCCCCACCACCACCACCACAACAACAACUACCGCCGCCGUCACAGCUCGCGGCCCUCCGAGGACACGCUGACCCGCAUCCUCACCGGUGAGGAUCCGGCCGGCCGGAGCCGCGGGCGGCAGUGGCUGAACAACGCGCUCAGCCUCGCCGCCGUGUACCUGGUGGGCGCGGCCGGCUGGUUCGUCAGCUGGCGGAUGGGCGCCUGGGAGGCCAAUCCCGGACUCCCCGAUCCGGGCGACGCCCUGGAGCCGACGGCCGUUGUCGGUAUGGUGUUGGGGUAUUUGAGCGCGCUGUUGUAUCUUUGUGCCCGAGUCCCCCAGAUCAUUAAGAACUACCGCGAGAAAUCAUGCGAAGGUCUUUCUCUGUUGUUCUUCCUAUUCUCUCUCACCGGGAAUUUCACGUACGGCGCAAGUCUGUUAGCCUACUCUCAGAAAGGCGACUACCUGGUCAGGACAGUGCCAUGGCUGUUGGGGUCCUUGGGGACGAUAGUCGAGGAUUGCAUCAUCUUCGUUCAGUUCAGAAUAUACGAACUGGGACGGCCUAAGGUUGACGACACAACAUGACCAUCUCAUCUAAGGCACGGAAGAUAACAUAAAACGGCUCUGCAUCGUAUCCCUGGUCCUUCACGGCAGGAGACACCAAGAUGCUGGCCUGAACUGCACAGGGCUUUUUUUGUGGUAUUGCAAGACAGCUGCAUGGUAACGGUGCAUGACUCGGGGAGUCACGGCGCAGGUGCAUAUAGACAUUAAUAUAUAUCCCGGAUUGGGAACUUGACAUGAAG